ACGGUCACCUGACUUAUGGUCACAAGAUCGUAUAUGUAAUCAUCGAACGCGGCGAAUCUCGAAGUCAUCGAACGGCGUAAUUAUAAUUAGCAAAGCCAUUCAUUGUUGAGCUGAGCCUGAGAUCAAUUGAGUCUGUACUGAAUAUUAAUUUUAUCGGUAACUCAAAACCAAGUGAUUUCAUUGGAAAAUUCAAAGCACAAGUGAGUUUACCUUUGGCGACAAGAUGAAGGGAUUGAUCAUUUUUCUUGUGACGUUGGUGAGUUGGACUAGUGGUACCCAUCUCCUUUUUGACAAGAAGGAGCCUUGCUACGAUCCAUCUUAUGAUGAAGGAAUUAAGGAAGUCCGGAAAACCAACAUAUCAGUUGGGGCUGUACCUAGUGCAUUUGAUUGGAGGAAUGUGAACGGUACCAACUUUGCCAGUACUACCCGCAACCAGCACAUCCCUCAAUACUGUGGGUCUUGCUGGGCUAUGGGAACAACAAGUGCCCUUGCAGAUCGUAUCAACAUCAUGCGAGGUGGGGCGUGGCCCUCUACUUACCUGUCUGUUCAGAACGUCCUGGACUGUGGUGGGGCCGGUACUUGCCACGGUGGUGGUAUGCUUGGUGUGUAUCAGUAUGCCCAUGAGACCGGCAUCCCUGAUGAGACCUGUAAUAAUUACCAAGCCAAAGAUCAAGAUUGUGAUCCAUUCAAUACAUGUGGUACUUGUUCAACAUUUGGUCAGUGCCACGUUCUGAAGAAAUACACACUACACAAGGUGUCAGAAUACGGCAAUGUGGCAGGGCGUGAAAAUAUGAUGUCUGAGAUCUUAAGUCGAGGACCAAUCAGCUGUGGAAUCAUGGCAACCCCUGCACUGGAUGCGUUUCAGGGAGGAAAAAUCUAUGCUGAGUACCAUGAAAGCAGCGGAAUCAACCAUAUUGUUUCUGUAGCUGGCUGGGGAGUGGAUGACAGUGGAGUGGAAUACUGGAUUGUGAGGAAUUCCUGGGGUCAACCCUGGGCUGAACAGGGAUGGUUCCGUAUGGUGACCAGUACCUACAAGAAUGGUCAAGGGAAUUACUACAACCUAGGAAUCGAGACCCAGUGUGCCUUUGCCGUCCCAAUCGUAAAUUGAUAUUAACGUGGGUGAGGAUCAUGGAUGUAUGGUUGGGAGAGAGAGAGAGAGAGCCUUUCUACCAUCACCAACCAUGAUCAAUGAUCACUUUGCUGGUAUAUUAACAAUAACAAUAAUACUAACGGUGGUGAUGAUGAUGAUAAAAGUAGUUCACCUUACAUGUACAUGUAUCUAAGCAAUAAAGAUCAAAAUUACCCUCAUAUGUUAAUGUUUCAAUGAUUUGCUUGCUAUCUGAAAGCUUUUACAUAGGAUUUUUUGAAACACCAAACCCCAUUAAAGAAGAAAAAUACUUGUCGAUGUAAGACUUUUUAAACUAUUAAGGAAUUUUAAUACAUCUACCCCAAUGCCUUACAGAAAUUGUGCUUGUAAUGAUAGUCGGUGUCUCUUUUAUGUGCAUAUUGGUGCGUGGCAGGUCAAUUGUCUAUUGCACAGAAUCUUUUAUUUUAUUUUUUUAAGAUCAGAGUUGUACAAAAUUAUGAUUGACUUGAUAUUGUGUGGAAAUUAUGUGGAUAUUUUAUUAAUAAGUAUUUUUAUGCAUGCAAUAAAAUCAUAGUUUGGUUAACUAAUCAUCGAAAGAUAUUUAUUCUGUAUAAUUAUGUGUUGCAAAUGGUAUCGGAUAAUAAUACUUAUUGUACUUGUAGAAUUUGAACAUUUAUGCAUAUCUUAUCUUUAUCAUGAUGUUAAUAUAUUACAGAGUAGUUUUAGCACAUACGUGUAGGUUGUUUGUAAGGAUUUACAGAGUAGUAAUCCAGUUUGAGUAGUGUAGGUGACCUAACAUAUGUCUACACCAUGGGUUUCAACAGGAAUCAUGCGUAGUGUCUUCCUUGCAGCCAUCCAAUUCCAGGAGCUUGACAAAAACAUUUUGAGAAUGCAGGAAGCAAAUUUGAAAGGCAUAGGACGGGAUUCCUGUUGAAAGGCAUGACACAGACUGUUGUUAAGCUGCCUUAUUGCUUUUGUUUCUCGAGAGUAUGACGCACAAACUAAAACCUAAAGAAAAUAAUGUGAAUAUAAUCAUGUGUUGAGUACUUUGUGAAAAAGAUUCCAGGGUCUUACAAAGAUUUGCGAUUGAUCCGAUCAAUCACGACUAUGGACAGCCAGCAACAUCAACAUCUAAAAUGCAAAUUUGUUCAAAAUAUUUUCUAGAUAUGAUGUAUAUUCAUGCAGUCAUCAUUCUCUUGAAGAUUCAGUGUGAUUCUCUUUGUUUAAUAAGGAGAUUGUGCAAAUUUCCAGUGGAAAAAAUAUGGUAUGGGUGGAUUUCCAUAAAGUUGAGAUUGAUUGGAUCAAUCGUAAGUCUUUGUAAGAUGGGGCCCUGGUGGGUGUUUCAUAAAGCUGUUCGUAAGAUACGAAUUACUUUACGCACGACUGGUGAUCCUUUCUUGUGGUACGUGAUAUCCCUAUGCAAUUGAGUUAUGACCUAAGAACAUGUUCCAGUCGUGCUAAAGUUGUGCGUAACUUUACGAACAGCUUUAUGAAACACCCACCUGGUGUCAGUCACUAGUUGAAUGAGAUUUUGCAUGUACACUGUACGAUAUUGAUCAGAGUUGCUUUAUAUCUGCAUAUAAUAGUCUUUACAGAUAUAGAUAUUAGAAUCAAGAAAUUUAUAGAAAAUAUGAAAAAGAACGAAAAGGAGAACAAAAUUUAUUUAAUUUCUUGAGAUGGGGGAAAUACAACUAUAUCAUGUUAUUUUCAGUGAUCACAACAACUUUAACAUGGCUGACAUGGCAAUCGAUCUUCAACCUUACUGAAAUAUACUUGUGUUGCUGAUAUUAGGUAGACCUGCGAGAGCUUGUCAGAGGCUUAGCUGCUGCUGUAUACUCUUUUAUUCAGAUGUUUUUGACUGUGCAACGUUUCGCAUUAAAAAAACAGAUUGAGGUGCAUAACACAAAUAUUUUAGAUCAUGAAAAUCAAUGUUUUGGGGGUGGUUUUAGUUCUGAAGGUUCGUGGAAAGAAAUAUCUGAAACCUGAAGACUGUAUAUUUUAUGUGUAUGCUCAGGUAAGGAUGUGAAAUCUCCAUCCUAAAUCUGGGCCCCGUCUUACGAAGAGUUAUAAUUGAUCCGAUCAACCAUUUCUAUGGAAAGCCAGCAACGUCGACAUCUAAAAUGCAUGUUCACUCAUAAUAUUUUCUAAAAGUGAUGUAUAAUCAUACAUUCAUUGUUUUAUUGAAAACUCCUUGUGCUUUUCUUUGUUUACAAAAGACAUGCAAAUUUCCAUGAGAAAAUAUUCUGACAUUGUUGGAUUUCCAUAUAGUUUAAGAUGAUCGGAUCAAUAAAUAUUGUAACUCUUUGUAAGAUGGGUCCGAGCUCUAGAAAAGCUGUAUGUAGUUACUAGUAUUGUAAAUUAUUUUGAUUGACCAAAGCCAAUUCCAACUUAUGAAGUAGUCUCAAAUCGGUUAAGUCCAAGUGACUCAGACUCUGUUGAAGACAUGAAUAGUGAACUAUGUUAUAUGUUGUUUUUUUUAUGAGAAGAUGUAUAAUAAAUGAGUACAAAUUGCUAUUUUUUAAAUUUUUCAUGCACAAAUGUAGAUUUCCAAUUUCAAAAUUAAAUUCCUACAUAUUAUCUAA